AUGGCUCAUGCCUACGGUCUCACUUUCGAUGAGUGCUCUGUCUUAGAGUUCCUUGCUGUGGCACAGAGAGAUAAGUUCCAAAAUAAAAGGAAAAUUUACGAGACUGUUCUCAACAACACGGUUCUCGCUAAAGCAAGACAUUGGCGUGCUGUGGAGAUUGAGCUGUUUCGCGCGUUUGGCGAAAUGAGCAGUUCUUCCGAAGACGAAUUGGACAGUUCCAGUGAUGAUGAUGGUACCAGUGGUGAUGAGGACGACAACUCUGAUUCUGAUGAUGAGGUGAACGAUUCUGGAAAUGAGUACGGGAUGUUGGAUGAGAACGUGGACUUGGAGGGUGACAAGAAUUUGCAGGAUAACAAGGAUCGUGGAGCCCAGAACGCUGAGCAUGGUCGUUACUUUGAAAUUUCAAACGAUAUCGAUGAUUCAUCUAGACAUCUUCUUUCAUCGGAAUCAGACAGUGAGUCCGACGACGAGCCAUCAUCAAAGCAUUUCAAACCGUGUGUUGCUGUCAACUAA